UUUAAAAGGGUCCCUGACAUGCGCGCGCACCCUGCCAAGUGCCAACACCCACCAAGUUGCCAACACAGACCUUGAUAUCGAUUGACUUGGUGAACAGACUGCGUGACUGUUUGUCCCUCCCUUGGCUCGAAUUCCGUCCCUGCCUGAGACCAUCGCCGGACUGUGCCACUGCAGUGAAGAGUGACCAGCAUCAACCCUUGGCCCACAGCUGCUGAUGACCUGGACUUCUUUCUCUGGAUGAAGACAAAGAUAAGUCUGUGUCUUGGAAAAUCCUGAGAGCCAAGGACUUUCAAUCAAGACACAAUUAGACAGCCAAGGGUAGUUGUCUUGAGGAUCCUGAGAGCCAAGGACCUUUAAUCAAGACAGUUCUAGAUGACCAGGGUAGUUGUCUUGAAGUUCCUGAGAGCCAAGGACUUCCAAUAAGGACACAGUUAGACAGCUGAGAGUAGUUGUCUUGAAGUUCCUGAGAGCCAAGGACUUCCAAUAAGGACACAGUUAGACAGCUGAGAGUAGUUGUCUUGAAGUUCCUGAGAGCCAAGGACCUUUAAUCAAGACAAAUAGACAACCAGGGUAGUUGUCUUGAAGUUCCUGAGAGCCAAGGACCUUUAAUCAAGACAAAUAGACAACCAGGGUAGUUGUCUUGAAGUUCCUGAGAGCCAAGGACCUUUAGUCAAGACACCUUCAGCUCAUCUACUAAUUUACAUCAGCACACUUUGUUUAGUAAUACUUGGUGUCAAGAACAGGUUGCCAUUGCCUAGAGUUGUUCAAGUUUUUUAACUAAUUCUCCACUGAUAAAGCUUUGCCCUUUCAUAACUGAUAAACUAUUGCUUCUUGGUUAAUUUUCAAGCCUCUGUUCUUGGCACGUAAGGAAACAAUUUACCAUAUUCUUAAGUCACAGUAUCUCAUCUUGAAAAAGCUUGGUUAAAAAUGGAGCCUGAAGUACAAAAUUUGAUCUUGCUCACACUGCCUGAACAUCUAAGGGAACAGGCCUCACAGCUCAUCAACGUGUCCAAGACCAAAGAAGAGGAGCGCCUGCUGAAACACUCCUACAAGUAUGGCCGGUACCACUCUCGUAGAAGAGAACAUUGUGACAGUCAGUCUGACUGGAAAGUGAAGAGCCAGGCUGAAAAAGUAGCCAUUCCCCUGGCCAUCGGGCGGCUGGUAAUGGAGCUGUGGUCACCCAGGAUGCGGAAACGUGCCGAGAAGCUGAUCCUGCAGAAAGGUGUGGAGGAGGGCUACUUGAAGGAGCACCACCUCAAGUGGGUGCAUGUGCUGGAAGACCAGGAGGAAGAAUGUGACCAGAAAGAGUCCUGGUUCAUUGAUAAUGUUGAUGAUGUCAUAAUCAAGUUAAUAUGGGAUAUAUUUGACAUGAAGACACACUACUCUCAAGUCACCUCCCACCGCUCGUGGAUUGAGAAGAGCUAUUACCGCCUGAAGGAGUUUAUGCCCAGCCUGCAGGAGGAGAUCAUAGAGCGACAUGAUCUAACCAAGUACGCCUUCAGCCAGGCUGUGGGCUACACGCUGAAGUGGGUCCACAACACAUACCAUGCAAUAUGGAAGACUGCAUGUGACUUCCACCUGUUCAAUGAGCCACAUCACCCUCAGACCUGGAGCAAAGCACACACUCCUGAGGAGAAACGCACCAAGCUCCUGAAGUGGCUGUCUGGUGCCAGUGACUCCCAUACGGGUUGCCCCUACGGCCUGGACAUCACUAACCUUGACCUGAACACUGAAGACUUUGCCGAACCCUUUCUGCUUGAGAGUUAUAUAGAUAUGGUUGGUGUAGAAUGGGAGAGGAAAAAGGGUAUGGAUUUGAACAUUUCAACAAGGAAUCUUGCCUUCAUUGAUGACAAGUUCUUGGUCAGAUACACCAAGAAACAGCAAAAGAUAAUAAAGGAUUUGAUUGAAAACAUUACAGCUGCUGAUGAAUCUUGGAAGGAGUUGGAGUUAACAGCAGGAGAGAGUUUUCUGCUGAGCACAGUACCUGCAUGCAGGCGAGGCAAGUUUGCUUGUCAGCUUGAAAUACAGAAGAAGAAUGAAAUGAAAAGACUGCAGUAUAGUGCCCCUGCAGGAGUCUCAAACUCAGAAGCUGAACUGGAGAAUAAAAAAGCAAUGAAGAAAGCAUAUGACAUGUCUUUUUACAUCAUGAUUGCCAAGACUGUUGUGGAGCUCUGGGAUCCCAGUUUUAGGAAUCAUGUGGAGAGCCUGAUUCUCAAAAAGGCCAUUGAGGUAAAGCAGAUCAAAAGUAACUAUAUAGACUGGAUUUUGGUGCUUGAAAGCAAGGACAACAGUCAGGCUGAAUGUUCCUCCAAGGAAGACUCUCAUAAGUCUCCCAUCGCAGACGAAGACAUCAUCAAGCUGCUGUGGGAUGAGUUCAAGCUGAGUGAGCACUUCACUCAGGUGCAGCAGCACCGCCACUGGAUCAGGCAGAGCUACCAGCGCCUGGCACGCUUCAUGCCGGAGCUGCCAGAGGAGGUCAUAGAGCGCCACGACCUCAGCAAGCUGGCACUGUCCCAGAGCAUUGGGUACACCCUCAAGUGGGUGCACAACAUCCACUUACCUGUGUGGCGCAAAGCCUGUGACCUCCACCUCAAUUAUGAGCCCCACCACCCCCAGCUGUGGUGCAACAAGAACACAGUGGAGCACAAGCAGAACUGCCUGGAGAAGUGGCUGGGUGGCAGGGAGUCGUACGGCGUGGUGAUGUCCACUCUGGACCUGGGCUCUGAGAACAUGGCACGGAUGUUCCUGCUGGAGAGCCUCAUUGACAUGGUGGCCGUGGAGUGGGAGAGAAACAAGGGACAGAAGCCAGACAUGACAUACACAGAGCUCAUAUACAUGGAGGACAAGUUUCUUUCCCGCUACACACCGAGUGACAAGACAUUCAUCAUGGGGCUCAUGGAAGUCAUCAGGCAGGCAGACAAGAUGCCACCAGUAUAUUAGGAAGAUACUGUUUAACGUAGUCACAUAUACAUUUGAUAUCAGUUAUAAAUGUUGAUGUGUGUAUCCUAAUAUCUUGUGUUUUUGUAUUCUUUCUCAGAUGUUUUCUUUCACUUACCCACUUUAUUACAUGAUUGUAGAUUUUAUGUCAACCCCUUACCCCAGUUCCCACCCACAUUCACUGAGUAUCUUACACCUUUUUUCACUCUUACUCCUCUUCUGUAUAUCUGAAACACAAUGCAUAUCCUUUCUCUAGCCUCAUUUUACAUGCAUGCCUCUUGUCACCAAUAGCUUCACUUGCAUGAUAUUUUAAGGUUACUUUUUUUUUUUCAUAUUUUUAAGCCACCUGAUGGUGUAGUGAUUAGCACACAACUCACAUUCAAAGCCCUGGGCUCAAACCCUGGGUGAGGCAGAGACAACUUGGGUUUCUCUCCUUCCAUAGCCUCAGUUCUCCUGUUCAACCAGCAAUAAAUAGGUACAGGAUGUAACACAAGGAGCUACAACCUCUCUCUUAUGGCAGGACUGGAGGGCUUGCUUUCCUGACAGGUCUAGAAAACUAGUGGUCCUGCCCUCGUGUGUGUGUGUGUGUGUUUGCUUCAAAGACUAGUAGUAUUCUGAGCCUCCUCCCUUUAGUAGCAAUGUAAUGACCCAGACAUGGAAGCUCCACAGUCCCUCUCAAGCAGCAAGUUGGACCUGUUGCUCAACUGGUGACACGUAGGGCCAUCAUGCUUGAUUCUUGGGUCCAGUUUGCAAAACAGCAUCUUUCUGUUGAAGCCAUUGUGUAUUUGAACACAGAGAUCACAGAUCAGUAGCUUAUUAUUUCAAUGUAUUGUGUUGUAGUUAUGCCCCAGUGUAAGGGAGUCCAAGUUGAAUCCCCUGGCUUGAGGCAGUAUGAUAUUGUUUGCAUUGAAACUUUCCAUUACUUGUCACUGAUUUUUAUCUUUAAUCUAGAUUAUUAGAGUUCAUUCUAGUGUUAAUUGUGAACAAACCUAACUUGAAUAAAUGAACAGCUACCAAUAUUUAUCUGUAUUUGCUAGCUAGUUGGCUUAUCUGUAUUUGCUUGCUAGCUGGUUUAAGAUUAGUGCAGCCUGUGACCUUGGCCAGUGAGGCAUCCAGGCUGAGAUGGUGUGAAGCACAGCAUCCAUCCUGCACACUUGUUCAGUGCAGUAUUUGGUCUGACCAUGCCCCUCACCAACCUGAGUCCAGUGCUGGGAUGCCCUAAUGGUGCUCCAGUAAUGCUUACUACUCUUGAAGUUAAAGCAAAUACUUAGGGACCAGUCUUGAAUUUAAAUUAAAGGUUCUCUGGAACCACUGCUGUGGCUUGGCAUUAUCAGUGUGGGUAAGAGUAAUGCACUUGCAUACAGGCUCCAUAUUUAUUUGCUUUAUGUAUGCUCCAUACUUAUUUGUUCUAUAACAUGGUGUGUUGUCAAAAUAUGUAUUCAAGUUUCAUAUUAAUAUUCCCUCUCAUAGUGGUUUGGGUUGUAUUUCAAUGGUAGCACUGCAUUAAACUACAGGAUUCUUUAGUUUUUAUUUUAUUUAACAGGUCUGUCAAUAUGUCCAUCAUAUGUCAUCACCCAUGCAUCACUCCACUCAUAGUCAAGGAUAUCUUGGUAAAUUUAAGUUACUUGGGUACUUUCAAAGCAGCACAAGAACAAGUCCCUCCCAUGCCCAUUUUGUGACUAAGGGAAGAUUGUGUUGUUCCCUUCCAAGUUAAUCCUUUGCCUGCAAUGAAACUACUUUCAGAGCACCUCACACCACUUCCCAAAGACAACUCCUUGCAUUAACUCCCUUAAGGAGGAAAGAAGACCAUAAAUUGUGUAUAAUCCCAUUCUGAUGUUUUGAUAAGGAAGUCAAAACUACAAGACAACACUUCACUGGUCCCUACCUGUGAUUACAGAGUGGCUUGGUGCAGGGAUGGUACUGUGGCAACACACACUUUGUGACUAUACUCUUUUUACUGUCAGAAGAACAUUUGAGCAUUGGCUGAGCCGUUAGCUAUUCUGCCACAUCACAAAAUUUCUCUUGGCUGAGCCGUUAGCUAUUCUGCCACAUCACAAAAUUUCUCUUAAGUAUAUCAGUUUUUUUCUUUUCAUUGAAAUUCAAUGGAUUAUUUAGCCCAUGAAACUAUGCAGUGCCAAGAAUGGUUUGGGUUUCAAGAUGAUAAAUAGUCUGGGUUUUACAUAAAAUAUCAUAUAUGACAAUGUAGCUUUAUGGCAUUGGCAUGUAGGUUGAGCAUCCAGGGUGCUUAUCAGUAGGGUCACGUGAUUCAGAUCAGAGAGAGAGAGAGAGAGAGAGAGAAUGUGGGUCAGCCUCUGAGGGGUCACUCCCGUGAUGGAGGCAACUCCCAAGUGGUCUCAUGUUCUUCACAGCCUGGAGAAAGAACAUAUUUACAACACAAGUGUUUUUUACGAGGAGAAAGCCAGUAGAGGUCCUAUUGUUGCACCCUCCAGAGAAAGUAGCAGGGUUGCUUGCCACCAAGGUGUUAAACUAAUAACUGGUCCUGUAGAGACAUGGCAACAUAGUUCAAAGGGAAUUCCCCUGCUCAGCCAACAUCAAGUUCUUCCAGCAGUAAAAAGACUAACUGAUGUUCAGGUAACCUCACCAUGUGUGAUAUUGCCAGACUAUAAAAAAAAAAAAAGACAUUAGUAAGUCACCUUCUCAACAAAUUUUAAAUAAAUAAACAAUGUAGUUUCAGUCCUUGAUGUUAUACAGGAUGUCCUGCAAGUUAAAGUACAUACCUUAGGAUAAGAUAGUUCAAGAUCCCAUGGGAUCAGUAUGCUGAUGGAUGGAGGCCCACAGGGAUGGCCAGCAAGAUCCCCUGACCUAACACCAAUGGAUUUCUUCUUUUGGUGAUACAUGAAAUCCUUGGUGUACAAGAACAUGGGGGAAGUGAUUCACUGCACUGAAGAAGCUACAGAGCAGAUAAGGAACAACAGGAGCAAAAAGAUGCACUUCGGCAGCCAGUUGGUUGAUGAGGCUUGUCACUGAAAUGUCAAGAUGUCAACUGUCAAAGGGGAUGACACCUGCAGAGUUGAUUGACAAAUGAGGCCUUUUACUUAGGUAUCAAGACGUCAACUGUCAGGGGGGAUGACAUUUGCAGUGAGUUGCCAUGUACAUCUUACAAAAUAGCACUUAUAACCACUGUGUUGCCUUGUUACCUGUACAUUUUCUUCACUGACACAUACAAAAAUUUAAUCUGUCAUUUGCUGUUUCCUGUAAGGAUUUGACUGUACACAAAAAAUUAUCACUUAAUACCGUGCGGUGCCACUUGAGUACAUAGUAAGCCAAGGGAGGGAGGCAGAGGCUCACCUAGGUGAGCAGCUCCCACAACAAACAACUUGCACAUUAAUUUCUCACAAAAUAAAGCAAAUCAUAGUUUAUGUGUACAGAGUAUUUUCAACUUAGAAUUGCUUGAACUAUCAUAUUCCAAUGUAUUUGUACAAACUCGUGAGACACCCUGUAUAUACGAGACAAUACUGAUGUGUUACUGCAGAUGUUUGAAAUAAAUGCCACCACUA